CCCAGACUGACCCAGGCACCGGCAAAACCCGGACCCACAGCUGAUCACACGCCAGGAACACAAUCGGAACAUGCAAUCCCCCACUCGCUUCAACUCACCCGCCCGUCAUAUCAUUCGAUGGCCUCAACUUCGUCUGUAACGCUUGCAGACGCGAAAGACAUCGUCCCAGGUAGUUAUCGGAUCCUGUCACAAUGAGUGCUGCCGAGAAGGAACCAGAGAACUCAACCCCGGCCGGAAGCAAGGCCGCUCCGGAAUCGGCGCCAGCAGCGGAAGGGACCGAUGCUACUCCGAGUACCGCACCCGCUGCCAAAGCGCCGGAGGCCUCGGAGACUCCGGAGGCCCAGACGGCCCCGGCAGCCCCGGCCACCGCUACAGAAGCCGCCGCGUCCGCGCCCACGUCCGAGGAGAAGAAGGAAUCCACCCCGUCGGAGACGCCCAUUGGUCAGCUAUGGGCCGCCGCAAGAGCAAGCGGGCACCCGGAGAUCUGGGGAGUGACGCUUGCGGACCCCUCCAGCCACGUGCCCACCCGCAUCGUCCUGCAGAAGUAUCUCAACGCCAACGACGGCGAUCUGGCCAAGGCCAAGGACCAGCUGACCAAGACCCUGGAAUGGCGAGCCAAGACGAAACCCUUGGAGCUGGUCAAGAAGGUCUUCAGCAAGGCCAAGUUUGACGGACUGGGCUACGUCACCCGCUACCAGGAGGACGGGUCCGGCGAGCCCGAGGGCAAGGAGGUCUUCACGUGGAACAUCUACGGAGGCGUCAAGUCCAUCGAGGAAACCUUUGGGAAGCUCGACGAGUUCCUGGAGUGGAGGGUCGCGUUGAUGGAGCUGGCCCUGCAGGAGCUGGACAUCGCGUCGGCGACCAAGGAGAUCACGGCCGAGUACGACCCUUACAAGAUCUUCCAGGUGCACGACUACAAGUCCAUCAGCUUCCUGCGCCAGUCGCCUCAAGUCAAGACGGCGAGCCAAGAGACCAUCAAGGUGUUCGCCCAGAACUACCCGGAGCUGCUCAAGGAGAAGUUCUUCGUCAACGUGCCCGCCAUCAUGGGCUUCAUCUACACCUUCAUGAAGCUCUUUGUCGCCCCCAAGACCAUCAAGAAGUUCCACCCCAUGUCCAACGGCCAGACCUUGGCGGCCGAGUUUGGAGACAGCAAGGUCUCCAAGCUGGGAGAGAGGCUGCCGCCUAACUAUGGAGGCAAGGGAGCAAAGCUGGAGGAGCAGGGGAGAGGGCCAUUGCUAGAGUGAUAGAUAUGCCUUGCUGCCUGCGCUUGAGAUGUAGUUGGCAUCAUUAAACCAUAAAUAGCGUCUUCUCAAAUCUCAACUCGUUAUUUUGUUUGCCGGACUACAUCCCGCUGGGAUCAAUUGUAAGUUGA